ACGCUCACUCCCUCGAGUCCGAUAUUGACUCUCGACUAUGGAGCGGAUGUUGCAGGUCUUCCAUAUUUUGAAGUCACCCCACUCAAUGGUUCUGCAGUCCAGAUAGAAUUGAAAUACUCAGAACAGUUUCAAGGAUUGAACUUGAGUACUGGAGAUGGACCUUUCCUCUAUACCAACGGUCUUAUGAAUAAUUUUCGGACUGAGACAUUCAAUAUUACCAAUGCUAGUACGACGGAAUCUUUCUUCAUUCAAGGUGGACAACGAUGGCAAACCUUGACAUUGUUGUCAAAUACUUCCGUCACCAUUGGCAAUAUUGGAUUCCGAGCUUCCGUCGACAUAGAACCAGUAACUUCUUUGAUCGGAAGUUUCUCGUCUUCCAACACCGUUUAUGAUGGACUUUGGGGUCUUGGCGCUCGAUCUGUUCAGGCAGCUUGUGUUGAAGCCAAUUCACAACCUUCAACUUGGGAGAUUUCCGGCGAUGGAGCGCUGAUUCGUGGGCAGUAUCCUGGAGUCUCCGCUCUGGGUACAGAGUAUGGCAAUUAUACCAUGUCAUUCUCUACCAAGAUCACAAGAAGUGGCACUGGCUGGAGAGUUGCUGCUGGUCCCAAUGCCGGAUACGGAGCCUACUUCGUACUUACUAGCGAUGGUCCUCAAUACUUGAGUACGAACACCACUGUUGUCCCACCAAACAGUGUGAUUGCAACCUAUGGAUUCAGCAUAGUUGACUUUUAUCUGUCAUCUGCUCCGCCUCUUUAUUAUUCGAAUCCAUUCCCGAUUUCAGAUAAUGAGUGGUAUCGCGUCAGCACUACUAUUACCUCAUCGGGAUAUAACAUCUCGGUCAACGGCACGCAGUUUGCCUUCGUUCCUUACACAACCUUUCAGCCGUAUGUCGAUGCGGGUUUUGGAGGCACGAAUCUCAUCACAACUGGCUCUUGGGGAUUUGGCCCAUUUAUGGAUCAGAUGGCGUAUGUCAAGGAUGUCGAAGUCGUUGCUCAAAAUGGCACUGUACUGUAUACCAAUUCACUUACUUCAACUGAUAUCCUGCAAGAAUAUUUGGUCGCUUCCAACGAAUACGCCGUGUGCUUGGAUGGAGCCAAGAGAGACCGCGAGAUCUGGAUUGGGGAUUUUGCGCACACAGCCAGAGAGCUUGCAGCUACGGCCGGUAUUGUCCCUAUUCAAGACUCGAUGGGAUCUGGUCCUCAGUACCAGUCGACCUACUAUCCGUCCCAGUACGGCGAAACAGAUUAUCAGCUUUUCUUCCUUCUCACUCUUGGGGAUUACUUCGUGUUAACAUCAGACACUAGCCUUCUGUCGAAAUAUUGGAGCGGGACUAAACUGCUGGUCGAUGCUAUGGUCUCAACAUACCUAGAUACCUCAACAGGUCUCCUCGCCAACUCUUCCGCAUCAUGGUUUACUGCUCAAGGCUAUCAGAAUGCCACCGCACCAACAGCAUUAUUCGCCAUCGGCCUAAAGCAACUUGCUGUAGUCGCCACAACACUAAACGACACGACAACAGCCGACCAUUAUACUGCCCUCUACACAAACCUCAGCACAGCCAUCAAUACCCAAUUAUGGAAUCCGACCCUUGGAGCUUACUCCAUAGCCCUCGGCAGUCCGACCGAUACAUCCAUCCUAGCUACCGCCUUCACCAUCCGAGCAGGAAUCGCCAACAGCAGUCAAGCAACAAGCAGUAUUCAAUCCCUAAACUCACUCUUCUACCUAAUCGGCUACAAAGACUCCACAGCAAUCGGAAACAGCGCCACCACACAACUAUCACCUAACGUACAGGGCUUCCUCCUCGAAUCGCUUUUCCUCGCUUACACGCAACUGAACGUCAUAGCCGACGUCGUGGUACCCGCCCUACAGAAUUUGUUAGAUACAUACUGGCCCAAGAUGCUAAAUCAGAACGAAUACUACACUGGUGCUGCUUGGGAGUACGUAUACGCAGACGGAUCUCCUGGGAUCGGGAUCUUUACCAGUUUGUGCCAUCCGUGGGGCGGAGCUCCGACGUAUAUCUUGACGGACUACGUGCUUGGCGUGAGGAGGGAGUUGAAUGGGACGACGGGAGAAUAUGGGUGGGUUUUUGAUCCGGUGCUGGAAGUUGCGCAGGGAUUGGGUUUGAGUUGGGUGAAUGGGACGGUGCCGCUUGUUGGUGGUGGGUGGAUAGAGGCGGGGUGGGCGGUCACGGAGGGGAAUGUUACCUGGAGUCUG